GGUCCUACGUAGCAAAGAUGGCGGCGGCGCAGGUUGUGGGUUCUUUGUCGAGCGGGCCGGCGCAAGAGGCGCAGCGGGAGCCACCCCUCGAGCAGGGCCGUGGGUUCCGCUGCUUGUCAGCCAGGCUCUGCGCCCUGCGCCCGGAUGACAGCAGCUCCAGCCGCACCGAGAUCCACCUGCUCUUCGACCAGCUCAUCUCCGAGAACUACAGCGAGGGCAGCGGCGUGGCCCCGGAGGACGUCAGUACUCUUCUUGUCCACGCUUGCCGACUGGUGCCUCUUAAUCAGAAUCAUCUUGUCAGCAAACUGUCUCAGCUUAUCCACCAUUUACUUAACACACUACAGGUGAUUGUUGAUGAACAGAACCUGGAUUUCCUGUUGGCAUAUACUAUUUCUGCUAUUCAGCAGUGCAGUUCCUGGACACACAUGCAGAUUCUCCAAGCCUUGGCAGCCCUGGUUUACUGCAAUGGCUCAAAGUGUCAAAAGUACCUCCCAGACUUGCUUGGCAAGAGCGGACUCUUGAUGAAGCUGAGUGACUUGGCUCAGUCGGACCCUGAAGUUAGGAGAGCUGCAGUGCACUGUAUGGCAAACUUAUGUCUCAGUGUGCCAGGACAGCCGUACUUGGAGGAGCCCUACCAAAAUAUCUGCUUCCAAGCUUUCUUGACCACUUUACAGUCUCCAAAAUCAUCUGAUAUGGAUGAUAUCACGUUUUGCAUGUUGUUACAAAAUGCAUUAAAAGGUAUACAGUCUCUUCUAAAUGGUGGGAAGAUGAAACUGACACAGACUGAUGAACUUGGAGCUCUUCUGGCUGUGCUAAAGAAAACCAUGUUCCAUGGACUCCCUGGACUAAACAUAGAGAUGCCCACGGUGUUGUACCCGACGCCACUUCCUCAGUAUGAUGGACGACCACCCAUCAAACCGCAGCAGACAGAAUCCAGCACUUCUCGACCAGCUGUGAAUAAAAGGAAAAAAUCAAAAGUAAAAGUGAAGAAAAUCCAGCAAGGAGAGGAGGAGGAGGAAGAAUCCAGUGGUGAAAGAGAAGUAGCCCCAGUCACUGGCUCAGGCAGACUGAACUCGCAUAAAGGGGACACUCAGUGCCCCUCCGCCCUGGGUGUUCCGAGUUUGCCAUUAGCUGGAAGUGGAGCUGCAGGAAAAGACCAAGUCUCCUCAUCCUUCAGUUCUUCCAUUUGGAAGAGAGUCAGCAGUAGUGAGUCAGACUAUUCUGAUGCUGAAGGAGGCAUGCAGAGUCAAGUGAGGUCUUACCAAGCCAAAGUUCGCCAAGGAGCAUUAGCCUGUUUUCUUUCUACUAUAAAAUCAAUAGAAAAAAAAGUUCUUUAUGGCUACUGGUCAGCCUUUGUUCCUGAUACACCUGAGCUUGGAAGCCCACAGUCUGUGUCCUUGAUGACUCUUACGUUAAAAGAUCCUUCUCCAAAGACACGUGCCUGUGCUCUGCAAGUUUUAUCUGCCAUCUUGGAAGGCUCAAAGCAGUUUCUUUCUGUUGCUGAAGAUACCAGUGACCACAGAAGGGCUUUCACUCCCUUUUCUGUAAUGAUCGCUUCUAGCAUUAAAGAGUUGCACAGAUGUCUUUUGUUAGCUUUGGUGGCUGAAUCAUCCUCACAGACCCUUACUCAGAUAAUUAAGUGCCUUGCAAACUUAGUAUCAAAUUCACCUUAUAACCGUCUGAAACUCAGCCUGCUGACCAAAGUCUGGAACCAGAUAAAGCCUUAUAUCCGCCACAAAGAUGUUAAUGUUCGUGUGUCAAGUCUCACACUAUUGGGGGCCAUAGUGUCCACUCACGCACCUUUACCUGAAGUCCAGCUACUUUUACAACAGCCCUGUUCUUCUGGACUCAGCAAUAGCAAUUCAGCCACUCCUCACGUCAGUCCUCCUGAUUGGUGGAAGAAAGCCCCUUCAGGACCCUUUCUGGAAGAAGCCGCAGUUAGCUCGCCAAAGGUGUCUUCAGAGCCCUGCUGGCUCAUUCGACUUUGCAUUUCCAUUGUUGUUCUGCCCAAGGAAGAUGCCUGUUCAGGUAGCGAUGCUGCCUCCACAGGAGGAAGCACCUAUGAGCCCUUCCCCUUGCGACUGGAGGCCCUACAGGUGUUGGCUCAUCUGGCAAGGGGCUACUUUUCAAUGACUCAGGUCUACUUGAUGGAGCUUGGAGAGGUGAUUUGCAAGUGCCUGGGGGAGGCAGAUCCGUCUGUCCAGCUUCAUGGAGCAAAGCUUCUGGAAGAACUGGGUACAGGCUUAAUACAACAAUAUAAACCAGAUUCUUCCAUAGCACCUGAUCAGAGAGUGCCAGUCACCUUGGUGGUGAUGUUCUGGACUGCGAUGCUGAACGGUCCUUUACCCAGAGCCCUGCAGAAUUCAGAGCAUCCGACUCUGCAGGCGAGCGCCUGUGAUGCCCUGUCUUCCAUCUUGCCGGAAGCCUUCAGCAAUCUGCUGGGUGACAGGCAGAUCCUGUGCAUCACCAUGCUGCUGGGGCUGAACGACAGCAAGAACCGUUUAGUGAAAGCUGCGACCUCUCGGGCCCUUGGGGUCUACGUGCUUUUUCCUUGUCUCAGACAGGAUGUCAUAUUUGUUGCAGACACAGCAAAUGCAAUAUUGAUGUCACUUCAAGACAAGUCUCUCAAUGUCCGGGCCAAAGCAGCCUGGUCCCUAGGCAACCUGACAGACACUCUGAUUGUCAACAUGGAAACACCAGACCCAAGUUUCCAGGAAGAGUUCUCUGGCCUCCUGCUCUUGAAGAUGCUGCGAUCAGCUAUAGAGGCAUCCAAGGAUAAAGACAAGGUAAAAAGCAAUGCAGUCCGGGCCCUUGGUAAUUUGCUUCAUUUUCUGCAACCAUCUCAUAUAGAAAAACCCAGAUUUGCUGAAAUCAUUGAGGAGGCUAUCCAGGCCCUAAUUUCUACUGUUCUAAUUGAGGCUGCCAUGAAAGUCCGAUGGAAUGCUUGUUACGCAAUGGGAAAUGUAUUUAAAAAUUCUGCUCUUCCCUUAGGAACAGCCCUGUGGACCUCCCAGGCCUACAAUGCCCUGACAUCAGUUGUGACGUCAUGUAAGAACUUCAAAGUGCGCAUCAGAUCUGCCGCUGCCCUUUCCGUCCCGGGCAAGAGAGAGCACUAUGGGUCUGUUGACCAGUACGCUCAGAUCUGGAAUGCAUUGGUCACUGCCUUACAGAAGAGCGAAGACACCACAGACUUUUUGGAAUUCAAGUACUGUGCUAGCCUACGGACCCAAAUCUGCCAGGCGCUGAUUCACCUCUUGAGCUUGGCCAGCGCCUCAGACCUGUCCUGCAUCAAAGAAACCCUUGAAUUGAACGGGGACAUGGUCCAGUCCUAUAUCCUACAGUUUUUAAAAUCAGGAACAGAGAGAGAUGACACUGGAGCACCCCACAGCCCGCAGGAAAGAGACCAGAUGGUCAAAACAGCCCUGGAGCACAUAAGCAGUGUCCAGGCACUGGCUGGCGACACAUCCAAAAGGGCCAUCAUGGGCUUUUUAGAAGAUAUCCUGACCGUUUAUUUCGACCCAUCUGGAUCACAAGUAGCACUCUUAGGAUUAACAAAUCGGUGAAUAUUUUACCGGACCUUCCAGGUGUCAAGUGAUGACAGGAAGACCUGAGCUUGAGCAUCAGAUGUGUGGGAUUUACUCUUCGGGGCAGAAACAGUCCUUUCACUAUUUAUUUAGAUUGAGUUAGCAGCUAUUUAAAUUUUUCUCAAAGGGCUCAGCCACUUUAGAGAGUGGUUUCACUGUGUUGGCCGUGGCCAUGGUUGUUGGAACCUCUGACCUGUGCACGCGGGCGCCAAGGAGUUGGGUUGUCGUGUGGGCUGAGCAGACUGGGGGGUUGUAAAGAGUGUUUAGUCUCAGAAGAGUAUUUUAAAAAAAGCAAAAGGAUUUAGGAGUUAGAAUGUUGUAUAUUGUGUCUCUGGGAAUUGUUUUUCUUUUAUAAUAAACUGAUGUAAAGCAGUGUGCCCAUAAUCUACCAUUUUUAUCAAGUUGCCUUUAUAGAAAGCUGCGAGCAGAGCUGCUGUUCAGCCAGUUCGUUCUGGUACAGCUGCAUCAGUUGCUAAAAUACUGAGACGGUUCCUCACAGGUUAAUAAAUAGCGGUUGCACUGAGCUCCCCAAGUGGCAACCCUGGAAGCCCCCUCCACGCCUUCCCUCAAGCCUGUAAAGAGUGAACUGGCACGCAAGGGCCUCUGGCCUAGGCCCAUGUCCAUUUCACCCUGGCCGUAACAUCAGCUUCUAUCUGAAUUUCCUAAUGCCCUUUAGGAGAAUAUGGUCCCAUAUGCUAAAUUUAUGGUGGUUUUGCCACUUUUGGAUUUGUGCCUUAAAAAAGGAUUAUUUGUUUAAUUUAGAUGAUUACAAAGAAAGGUUUUUAAGUUAUACUUUGAUAAUGCCCAAGUAGUUAUAAAAAGUAGUUUCUCACUGAAAAAUUAUUGACAUUUAAAUUUUGCGUACAUCUCUUGACCACCAACAAUUUAUUGGAAAUGAUUUCAGUCAGGAAUUUAGAGAUACAUAAUAAAAGAUUCCACACUUAUACUUGAUAUGGGAUAAAUAAGAAUCAAGAUACAUAGAGUGGGUUUUGGCAAUAUAUUAUUUAACUAUGGUUAUUUAGUUUAAAAUACAUAUUUCACAGCAUACCUAUGUCCUCAGUUUUUCUUCUUUGCCCUUAAGUUACUCUUCUCCCUCUGUGCUGCUGUAUGUUCAGAAAAUACUGUUUAGGCAAAGACUAGGGGACACAGUGCUCAGAUAGCUGAAGGCUCACUUUUCUGUUGGUAGAGUACAAGUUUCCAAAGAAUGAGACGGCCAGCACAGUAAAAACUACCAUAUAGAACAUUCUUUAGACUUGUUUUUCUUUGGAGAUGAUUCUGGACACGAUUUUUUAUAGAGGCCAUGGAACUGAGUUGAACCUGUACUGACCCUGCAAUGAAUCUUAGGACUUCCUUCUCUUGAAGGAAUAAAUUCUUAGUAGCAGCUUAUUUGCUUGUUGUUUUCAUGAAAGUAAAAAUGUGGCAUAUGUAACUUAUUCCUGGUUCUUUGGGCUUUCACUGGUGGGUUCCUUGACAAAAUAUCUGUGAAGUGACUUUGAAUGGUUUUACUUGAUGAUUCACUCUUAUCCUUUGCUUAUCUUGAAUAAAAUCUAAUUUUUUUCUUUCUAAA